GCAAUUUUCUCCUCACUCGCAGGCUGAAUCUUUGUUCAUUUUUCUUCUCCUUCCCUCCUUCUUCCUCCUCUCGCCAUCCCCAUCACCCUCUUCUCACCUCUUUUCUACUCAUCUUCUAUCUAAUCUCCCUGUAACUCGUCGUCUGCUUGUGUUCUUUAUCGUGUGAUUUUUUUCCACGCUUUAGGUCGUACCCUGUACACGUGCUCGUUCGCGAGUCGCAAAAGCCCUGGACACGAUCGCUUGGCUGUGUUCCAGCUGUAGGCGGAAGGCCCUGGUCCUCCCAAAGUACAGUCGUGGGAUCAGUAGUGACCCGGCAAGAAAGUCCGCUUAAGAACCUGGUAUCAACAAGAGGCCAAAUUCGGUCGCCCUCUCCUGGUUUAAGACAUAAAACAGUACUGGAUCACCGGUAGAUCACGACUGAGGUCUCGCUUGCCUUCGCACUCAGAACAGAUAGUUCUUUUUUCUCUCUAUUGUUGUUCUCUCGUCCAGGAAACCCAGACAUCAUAACCAACCAUGUCUUCCGCUGUAGCAGAGUUGGAUAACUAUCUGCAGUCGAUGCUUGCCCUCAAGCCUCCGGGCGUGUCAGGUUCUAAGAUCAACAGCAUCACCUCUCUCUGUACAGCCAACGUCCAGAACGAGUCCGUUCUCAUCCAGAAGAUCUAUACGCACUUCAAAAAGGCUCCAGGGACACACAAAUUGGGCGUACUCUAUGUCGUAGACUCUGUAACUCGACAGUGGGUAGAAGCAGCGCGCAAAUCAGGCCAACAAGCUGGUAGCGCAGCUCCCGAUGGAACCUUUGCCGCUGGCGUGAACAGAGUGACCGAAUUAUUACCUGUCUUAAUGACGGAUAUCAUAAACAAUGCUCCUGAAGAUCAAAAGGAAAAAAUCAAGAAGUUGGUGGACAUUUGGGAGCGGGGAUACACUUUCCCUGCGCCUAUGCUCGCCUCGUUCAAGCAGAAAUUGAAUGCACCUGCACACAAUAUCGAAAGCACUACUCCCGAGGGGUCUCCGGCACCUAACAUGCUAGGCGCCCAACCCCAAGCCAAUGGUGCCGCUUCAGGAACCCCAGCGCAAUCGGCGCCGGACACGUCGAGUAUUCUCAAAGCUUUGGCAGACAUGGCCAAACAGAAUACGGCGGCUCCGGCAGCACCGGCAGUGUCCGCGCCUGCUAACCCUCUUGGUGCCUAUUCGGCCCCGUCAGUGCCACAGCCGGACCCCACGACACUGAAUGGACAGGCCGGCGUAAACCCCUACACUGCUGGCUCCAUGGCCACGCCCUUCGCGGCGUUAAGUAUGGCCCCGACGCAGAGCCACACGCCCCCGAACCCCAUGGCUGCGAACCCUCUGGCGGCCCUCCUUCCCCAGGCAACUGCUGCAGUUCCGGCUCAGCAAACCCCUGGCAUGCCGGGGCCCGACGCCCUGCAGCAGCAGCUUCAACUCCUGCAGCUCUUGGCUGCACAGGGAAUUCCCCAAGACCAGUGGGCUACAGCCCUGCAGAUCCUCAGCUUGUCCAAUGCCGGAGGCAUGGGCAACAUGACUGCCCCCCAGGUCCCCGGUUUCAAUUUCCCGGGCCAGAACGUCAACAAUGCUUGGGGUGGCCGUGCCGACUCGCAGACGCGCGAUUUUGAUCGCGAGCGUGAGCGAGAACGUGACUACAUGCGUUCGCCUCCUAACCAGUAUCGUCGCCGUUCGCGCUCUCCUGGCGGUUGGGAUAGACGUCGCGAGGCCUCCCCCCCGCGACGCCGCGAUAGCCCCGUCUAUGGCGAGUACCACGGUGACUCCCCCGGUCGCCGCGGCGGAGAUCCCCGCGGCCGACGUGGCAACGACUACCGCCAGCGCAGCCCUCCCGGACGCAGACGCCGCUCGCCGUCCCCUCGCAAGGAUCCAGCCCUGCCUCCACCGGGACCCAAGCUUAUCGAAUGGGACUACUCUAUUGGACAAGGAUGCAUCAAAGUUCUGAGUCGAACUUUGUUCGUCGGUGGUGUAACAUCAUCCGAGGCUCAUCUACGCUCUCUUUUCUCCAAGUUCGGUAUCGUCCAAACUUGUAUCGUCAAUAUCGAUAAGCGCCAUGCGUUUAUCAAGAUGAUCGGCCGAACCGAUGCCAUCAAUGCUCGUGACGGAAUGGAAUCAUACAAGUCUGGCGACAUGCAAUUGCGAACCCGAUGGGGCGUAGGAUUUGGCCCUCGUGACUGCAGCGACUAUCAGACCGGCGUCAGUGUGAUCCCUAUCGAGAGGCUCACCGAGGCUGAUCGCAAAUGGAUGGUCAACGCCGAGUAUGGCGGCACCGGAGGACGGCCCAUUGAAUCCGGCAUGGUCGUGGAAGAGCCCGACAUUGAGAUCGGCGCCGGCGUUUCUUCGAAAGCCAUCAGCAGACGUAUCGCGACCGAUACCGGUGGCAAGCGAGGCCCCGUGUCAUCGCGCACCCAGCAAGAUCCUCGAGGUGGUCGCCGGCCAGAACACCCUGACCCUCAAGGCGGGAAGCCAGUUGGUCCUGGCGGACCUAGCGGCUCAGUCGAUCGGGACACCUCCAAUGUGGGUAACAUUGGGGUGCCUCCUGCCGUCCCUGGCUUCGGUUUCUCAUUCCCCGGUAUGCCGAUGUUUCCUCCUGGCUUCAUGAUGGGAGGCGCUGGCGCCGGAGGCUCCACACAGCCGCCUCCCCCAGGCCAGGGAGGAAACUAAGGUCUGACCCGAUGAAUAUAAUGUCUAACUGUCACCUGAUAUGACUGUUUUUUCGUCUUUUCCCUUUCUCUUAUUCAAACCGCCUGUACAUUUCUUUUAUCUCUUCCCCCUUUUGUUUCCUUCCUUGUUGUUUGUUGAAUAGGAAUCCGGCGUUCACCAGGUCAUUGCUUUCGAGACAAAAAAAGGUUUACCGACCAACAGCUGCACAUGUAUGCCAAAAUGGCAGUGAUCAUGUACCACGGGGGUAGUGGAGUGGUAGUGUUAUAUCAUUUGAAGCCUCCUUACGAAGGUCACCAACACUCUACACCCCUCUUUUUACUUUUCAUUUUAUUUUUUUUCUUUCCCUGUGAGAGAAUCUCAGUACUGGAUGGUUUUUUGGGCGGUCUGGUCUUCGUUUUGUUGUUUUAUCUUUUCUUUUUUUUUCUACCAUUGAGAGGGAAGUUCUUCUCUGCUGCUUGUAUUACACUUUUAACUGCUUAUUUUAUUCAUCAUUUAUUUAUUGUUCA